AUGACUGAGCAAUCUAUUGAAUUUGGAACUUAAUUUAUAUAUGGAUAUAUGACUGAUGAUGGACAAUAUUUGAUUACCUGGGAUUAUAAAUCAAAAGAAAUUCAAAUCAGAAAAUAUGAGGAGAAAUGA